CUUUCUGCUCUACAGCUACCUGGUGUCCCGGCCUUAUCUCCAGAAUCCCUUGGGGCGACCUUCUCGGUGCAAACCUCUGAUUCUGUUUGGCAGGAUCUCCCCGGAAAAGCUGUCAAGAACUGCAGGUGUUAGCCCUGGACAGGGAGGACCUGCGGGCUCCGUGGAGAGCUGCGCCUGGGGAGAAGGACGCUGGUAGGACUAAAAUCAGGACUGCCUUCUGGCUCUGUGACCCCAUGCUCCUGUCAUGGCUAACAGGACUAGGGGCUGGAAUCGUCUUCCUGCACUUCGUGCAGAAACUCUUGUUCCCUUACUUUUGGGACGACUUUUGGUUCCUGCUGAAGGUGGUGCGCCAUGGAAUUCGGCUGGAGAUGUACAAGCAGAGAGGGGAGCUGGUCACCGUCCUGGAUAAAUUCCUGAGCCGUGUCCAAAGGCGCCCCCAGAAACCUUUUAUCAUCUAUGAGGGAGACAUCUACACCUAUCAGGAUGUGGACAAAACGAGUAGCAGAGUGGCCCACGUCUUCCUGAACCAUUCCUCUCUGAAGAAAGGGGACACUGUGGCUCUGCUCAUGAGCAAUGAGCCCGACUUCGUCCACGUGUGGUUCGGCCUGGCCAAGCUGGGCUGCGUGGUGGCCUUCCUCAACUCCAACAUCCGCUCCAACUCCCUCCUGAACUGCAUCCGCACCUGUGGGCCGGCAGCCCUCGUGGUGGGCGCAGAUUUGCUUGAAACUAUAGAAGAAAUCCUUCCAAGCCUCCCAAAAGAUAUCAAUGUUUGGGGAAUGAAAGAUUCUGUUCCACAAGGCAUAAUUUCACUCAAAGAAAAACUAAGCACCUCAUCUGAAGAGCCUGUGCCACGCAGGCACCAUGUUGUCUCCAGCCUCAAGUCUACCUGGCUUUAUAUUUUUACCUCCGGAACAACAGGUCUACCAAAAGCAGCUGUGAUUAGUCAGCUACAGGCUUUAAGAGGUUCUGCUGGAUUGUGGGCUUUUGGCUGUACUGCUGAUGACAUUAUUUAUAUAACCCUCCCUCUGUAUCACAGUUCAGGAUCUCUCCUAGGAAUUGCUGGAUGUAUUGAGUUGGGUGCCACUUGUGUGUUAAAAAAGAAAUUUUCAGCAAGCCAAUUUUGGAGUGACUGCAAGAAGUAUAAUGUGACUGUGUUUCAAUAUAUUGGAGAACUUUGUCGCUACCUUUGCAAACAACCUAAGAGAGAAGGAGAGAAAGAUCAUAGAGUGCGCUUGGCAGUUGGAAAUGGCAUACGAAGUGAUGUAUGGAGACAAUUUCUAGAUAGAUUUGGAAAUAUUAAGAUGUGUGAACUUUAUGGAGCUACUGAAGCAAAUAUUUCUUUCAUGAACCACACUGGAAAAAUUGGAGCAGUUGGAAGAACAAAUUUCUUUUACAAACUUUUUUUCACUUUUGACUUAAUAAAGUAUAAUUUUCAGAAAGAUGAACCCAUGAGAAAUAAACAGAACUGGUGUAGUCAUGUGAAAAAAGGAGAACCUGGACUUCUCAUUUCUCGAGUACAUGCAAAGAAUCCUUUCUUUGGUUAUGCUGGGUCUUACAAGCACACAAAAAACAAAUUGUUGUUUGAUGUUUUUAAGAAGGGAGAUAUUUACUUUAACACAGGAGACUUGAUGGUCCAAGAUCAGGAGAAUUUCCUUUAUUUUUGGGACCGUAUUGGAGACACUUUCAGAUGGAAAGGAGAAAAUGUUGCAACCACAGAGGUUGCUGAUGUUAUUGGAAUGUUGGAUUUCAUACAGGAAACAAACGUCUAUGGUGUGGCAGUGUCAGGUUAUGAAGGAAAAGCAGGAAUGGCUUCUAUUAUUUUAAAACCAAACAAGUCUUUAGAUUUGGAAAAAGUUUAUGAACAAAUUGUAACAUCUCUACCAGUUUAUGCCUACCCACGAUUUUUAAGAAUUCAGGAAAAGAUGGAAACGACAGGGACAUUCAAGCUACUGAAGUAUCAGUUAGUGGAAGAAGGAUUUAAUCCACUGAAAAUUUCAGAUCCACUUUACUUCAUGGAUAACUUGAAAAAGUCUUAUGUUCCACUGACCAAGGAACUUUAUGAUCAAAUAAUGUUAGGGGAGAUAAAAUUUUAAAAUUUUGUAUAUAUGGGUUUUUCAUAUACUUUUCUAGGAAGAGUGAGAGGAUAGUGUGUGAUUCUCUACUAUGAAAUGGGGAUGGGAGCUAACACUAAUUAAGCCUGUACUAUAUUUCUUAAUAUGCAAGAUAAUUUCUUUAAUUGAAUUUUAAUGUGUUUUAGUUGAUAUAAACUUAGUUGAUUAUUCUUUGCACCCACUUGGGGAUGCAGUGCAUAAGUAUAAUAUUUGCCUUAAUAUUAAAAUUUUUAAAUAAGUGGCUAACAAUUUAGACAAUCACCAAAAAUGUACUUUCUGAUCUAUAAAGUUUCUAAUGUUGAGUAAAUGGAUAAAUUUUAUUCAAAUAUUUUA